AUUUGUCCAUGUCAAUAGUCUGUCCGAUCAGCUUUCACACAACUCCAUAUUACAGCAACAGGAAAUAUGUCUUCAGUGCUGAGAAACCUGAGGCUAAGUCGCAGUCUUGUUCUUCCCUCUUGCAGCCGGACUGCAGUGAACUUCUUCUCUCUUCGCACGAGACAAACUUCGGCUCUGUCUCUCUGCAGCGAGUUUGACACACUUCCAUGCAUAAACCCCAACAGAAAGUAUUCAGGGAAACGCUUCAAUGUACCUCCGAGCGCCGAGUUUGUUGCGAGGGUGUCGGGGAUCCCCACCAUGGCCAAGCUGCCUUACCAGGAGACAGCUGACGGACUUGACGCCGCGUUUAUCGGUGUCCCCAUUGAUACCGGAACCUCCAACCGACCUGGAGCAAGAUUUGGUCCCAGGCAGAUUAGAGUGGAGUCUGCUCUGCUGAGGUCCUACAACAGCGGCACCACUGCAGCACCUUAUGAGUCCCUCAUGGUGGCUGAUAUUGGGGACGUCAAUGUGAACGUGUAUGACCUGAAAGACACCUGCAAACGCAUCAGAGAGACCUAUAGAAAGGUCCUGGCUACUGGCUGUAUCCCUCUGACUAUGGGUGGCGAUCACACUAUUGCAUACCCAAUCCUACAAGCUGUUGCUGAGAAGCACGGCCCAGUGGGACUGAUCCAUGUGGAUGCUCAUGCUGACACCAGUGAUGUGGUCUUGGGGGAGAAGAUCGGCCACGGGACUCCAUUCAGACGCUGUGUGGAGGAGGGGCUGCUGGACUGUAAGAGAGUGGUCCAGAUUGGCCUGCGUGGUACAGGCUACUCUGCAGAUUCAUAUGAAUGGAGCCGGGCACAGGGCUUCCGUGUGGUCCAAGUGGAGGAGUGCUGGUUCAAAUCUCUUGCACCUCUGAUGGCUGAGGUCAGGGCUCAGAUGGGCAGCGGUCCCGUGUACCUCAGUUUCGACAUUGAUGCUCUCGACCCGGGCUUUGCCCCUGGAACAGGCACACCAGAGAUAGCAGGGCUAACUCCCAUACAGGGAGUUGAGAUUAUUCGGGGCUGCCGAGGCCUGAGCCUUGUUGGAUGUGAUUUAGUGGAGGUGUCUCCAGCCUACGAUACAACAGGAAACACUGCACUGACUGGUGCCAACCUCCUUUUUGAAAUGCUGUGCGUCCUCCCAAAAGUUAAAUACCUCUGAUCAGUAUUGAGGACUCACAACAAAGCAGAGCAGAUCGUUUGUUAACAAUGAAUACAGAUGAAUAAACCAGAGAGGAAGGCAAAUUCUGCAACAAUUACAAUUUCAUGUUAAAAUCAUUAGCACUUUAUUAUAAGAAACAGGAGAAUAAAUGCACUAUUCAAGAA